AUCAAUUCUCUGAGGACAACAGCAGCCAGAGACAAUGCGGAUCUUCGUCUUCUUUCUGACAGCUCUCGCGGUUUGUCAAGCUUACGACUACAAGGAAGUGCUCCGCGAUUUGCUACUCUUCUACGAAGCUCAGCGAUCGGGAAAACUGCCCUCUGAUCAGAGGGUCACGUGGAGGAAGGACUCAGCUCUGAACGACAAGGGUCAGAAAGGCGAGGACCUCACAGGCGGUUACUAUGACGCUGGUGACUAUGUCAAGUUCGGUUUCCCUAUGGCGUACACAAUUACCACCAUAGCUUGGGGUGUUGUGGACGACGAAGCAGGAUACGUCGCAGCAGGCGCUCUGGCUGAUGUUCGCAAAUUGAUUAAAUGGGGCACGGACUACUUCAUCAAGGCGCACGUGAGCCAGAACGAAUUGUACGGACAAGUAGGACAAGGAGAUGUGGACCACGCAUACUGGGGGCGUCCCGAGGACAUGACGAUGAGCAGACCCGCGUACAAGAUCGAUACGUCCCAUCCAGGAUCGGAUCUGGCAGGUGAGACAGCGGCCGCCCUCGCAACAGCUUCCAUCGUGUUCACGAGCGUCGACUCCGGCUACGCCAGUACC